GAAUUGAGUUUGCCAUGCUGACAUUGAUUUAUAUCAAUGUAAAAUCUGCAAGAAAAAGAAAUGGACAUAAUCCCAAGUUUCAGAAAUGAUAAUCAAACCCAAGAAAUCUCCCCAAACUCGAUAGUAAAAUGUCAUCCAUUGUCAAUCUCAAUCCCAAAAUCAGAGUACUCUGUGGAGAGGGUCGCUUGAAAGAAGCAAUAGACAUCCUGCUUACUACCCACAACACUGCUGUAGAAUCUUCUACAUAUCUUCAUCUGUUGAACUCUUGCGUUUCUAAGAAAGCCCUUGCAGAGGGUAAGCAAAUCCAUUCUCACAUCAAUGGAAGAGGUAUUACAUUCUCCACAAACACAUUUUUACAAAAUGCAGUUAUCAACAUGUAUGACAAGUGCGGAAGUUUGGUGGAUGCUUGCCAAGUUUUUGAGAAGAUGACUGCACCAGACGUCUUCUCAUGGAAUGUGAUGAUUGCAGCUCACAGAAGGCAUGGCUUUCCUCAACAGGCGUUGAAACUGUUUCAUCAAAUGCAACCAACAGCUGUCCAACCUGAUCAGUUUACCUUCUCCGCCGUUAUUCCUGUAUGUGCCAGCAUGUUAUCUGUAAACCAUGGUCUGCAGAUCCAUGGAAAGAUCAUUCGAUAUGGACUUCAAUCAAACGUUAUUGUGAUGAAUACCCUGAUAGAUAUGUAUGCAAAAUGCGGAAGCAUAGAGAAAUCACGCGAAGUGUUUGAGAAAAUGAAUAAUGCAAACGUGAUCUCGUGGACUGCCAUGAUUACUGGAUAUGCUCAUAAUGGUAUUCUUGAUGAGGCUUUAAGGAUUUUUAAAGAGAUGCCUGGACAGGAUGUAGUGUCAUGGACUGCAAUUAUUGCUGGAUAUGCCCAAAAUGGGCUUGUUGGGAAAGCCUUGGAGCUGUAUAAGGAAAUGCAAUUGGAAGGUGUGAAACCGAACUCAGCAACCUUCACCAGCAUGCUUCCAGCGUGCGCCAAAAUGGGAGAUUUGAAACAUGGUAUGGAGAUUCAUCAGACUAUAAUUGAAAAUGGAUUCGUGUUGGAUGUUGUAGUAGUGACCGCACUUGUAGACAUGUAUGUAAAAUGUGGAAGCCUGCGGAAGGCACACAAUUUGUUUGAGAAAAUGCGUCUUCGAAAUGCAGUCUCGUGGAAUACCAUGAUUGCAGGUUAUGCAAAAAUGGGGUUUGCUGAAAUAGCUUGGCAGAUGCUUAACCAAAUGCAAUUGGUGGGUAUAAAGCCAGAUUCGUCAACCUUUGCCAGUGUCCUUCCAUCGUGUGCCAAAAUUGGAGCUCUGGAACAGGGUAUGGAAAUCCAUCAGAAAAUAACUGAAAUGGGUUUCUUUUCAGAUGUUACUGUUGUGAAUUCCCUGAUAGACAUGUACGCAAAGUGUGGAAAGAUACAAAAGGCAUACAAAUUGUUUAUUGGGAUGUCUCAGCGGAAUGUAGUCUCCUGGAAUACGAUGGUUUUCGGAUAUGUACAAAAUGGGCUCGUUGAAAAAGCGUUAGAGAUUUUUAAGCGAAUGCAAAUCUCAGGCAUGAAGCUGGAUUUGUCAACCUUUUCCAGUAUCCUCCCAGCUUGUGCCAGACUUGGAGCUCUAGAACAAGGUAUGAAAAUCCAUCAAAAAGUAUUUAAAAGUGGAUUGAUGCCAGAUGAUGUAGUUACGACCGCCUUGAUAGACAUGUACGCAAAAUGUGGAAGCAUGCAGAAGGCAUGCCAAUUGUUCAACAAAAUGCCUCAACAGGAUGUGAUUUCGUUGACAGCAAUCGCUGCUGGAUAUGUCCAAAAUGGACUUGUUGAAAAAGCAGUAGAUAUUUUUAAGCAAAUGCAAUUGGCUGGUGUAAAACCAGACUCAUCUAUGUUUGCAAGCAUCCUCCCAGCUUUUGCCAAACUCGGAGCUCUGGAACGGGGUAUGGAAAUCCAUCAAAAGAUUAUUGAAAGUAUGUUUUUAUCAGAUAUUGUAGUUGUGAAUGCUCUGAUAGACAUGUAUGCAAAAUGUGGCAGCAUACAGAAGGCACGUGAUUUGUUUGAUAACAUAGACCAUCCGGAUGUGGCCUCAUGGAAUGCAAUGAUUUCAGGAUACGCAAUGCAUGGCUAUAGUGAGGAUGCCUCCAAACUUUUUGAACUAAUGAGGCGCUCUGGAGUCGAGCUUGACCAUGUAAGCUUUGUUGGUAUAUUAUUUGCAUGCAGCCAUGCAGGCCUGGUAGAUGAGGGAUGUACAUACUUCAAUCAUAUGAGAUACACUUAUUGCAUUUUACCUAGUAUGGAUCACUAUGUAUGCAUGGUUGACCUUCUUGGUCGUGCUGACUAUCUUGAGGAAGCACUAAAUUUCACCAUUAAAAUGCCAAUAAAACCUGAUCCGGUUGUCUGGGUGUGUUUGCUCGGUGCUUGUAGAUCACAUAAGAAUUUAGGUCUAGGAGAAUUUGUGGCAAUACUUCUUUUGGAGUUGGAUCUGAAAAAUGCUGCACCUUAUGUUCUCCUAUCAAACAUUUAUGCAGAAGUGGGAAGGUGGGCUGAUGUUCAGAAGGUAAGAAAAUUAAUGAAAAAUACAGGAAAUAAGAAAACACCUGGAUGUAGUUGGAUCGAAGUCCAUAAAACAAUAAAUGUUUUUAGUGUAGGAGACAAAUCACACCCACAAAUACAAGAGAUCUAUGCAAAGUUGGAAAAAUUGUCUUGGGAGAUGAAAGCAGCAGGGUAUGUCAUGGAUACAAGACCUGUAUUAAAUGAUGUUGAGGAUGAGGAAAAGGAAUUAAUUCUCUGUCACCAUAGCGAGAAGUUGGCAAUUGCCUUUGGAUUGUUAAACACAUCCCCUGGAACAACUAUUAAAAUUGUUAAGAACCUUAGAGUAUGUGGUGACUGCCACACUGCAACCAAGAUUAUCUCCAAGAUUGUUGAAAGAGAAAUAGUUGUAAGAGAUGCAAACCGUUUCCAUCAUUUCAAACAUGGAAAAUGUUCCUGUGGAGACUAUUGGUGAUUCUAAGUGAAGCAAGCUAUAAACACAGGUGUGCAAGGUGGUAGGCUUGCAGUGAUUUUCAGUUUCUGAAAAUAUGUUAUUUCCAAGCAUUUGAACAACUAGACCAUGCUCCAUGCAUUUGAAUUGAUGAACUGAUAUUUUAUAACAUCCAUCACUGCCUGGAUAUAUAGUGAUGUAAGAUUUGUUAGAAGCCUUGUUUCAUGAAACAAUUCUCAUGAUAUUGGAUUGUGCCUGCACAGUUCUGAAAUGUAAAAGUAGAGGAAGAAGAAAUAGAAAGCAAAAGGAGAGGAAUGCUUGGAGGAAAUUGGAAGUUCUUGAGCCAGUACGAAAUGUUAGAAAAGGGCUUACAAUAAAAGCAAUGCUUGGAUUCAAUGAGAAGGGUAUUUCUCAGUCGUUUUUUACAUCUUCCCGCCUUUAGUUUUUUUCCAAGGUCAUUUUGCCUAGAUUUAUUCUAUUGUGUCGUUUUUAUAUUAGGUUUGCCGUUUGGGCUUAUAUUAUAUAUGAAAAUUUAUAGUUUUCAGGUGGACUGUGUGUUGUUAACGGUUAUGGAAUACGCAUUUUAAGUGCAAUGCUCUUUAAUCCUAAUAGGUACUGAAUUUCAUGUCUCGUUUAAGCGAUAGUUUUCCCCCUUUUGUAGUUGUAGGUUGCAUGGAGCCUUAGUUGAAUCAAGCAUGCUCCUAUCGGUAUUAGAAGUGCCAAAUGUAUUCUUAAUAUUGCUUCUUUAGGGUUUUGGCGCAGUGUCCUAUACAGCACAAGAGACAAAUAUUUGA